CGGAACAACUCUUGUUCCAGAAGUCUUCUCUGCGGCGCUCUAAAUAACGUGACCAUUCAGCCACUCACGAAAGGUCAGACCCUUAUCUGCGGUGGUGUGCUCCACUUUCUUCAGGAACCCAAGACAAGCAUGUGAGAUUAGAUCUUCUCUUCUCGAAAUUGCCUCUUCUCUCUGCCUUUCGUAUCAGAAGAGGCGAUCCCACGGUAGACUUUCUCUCACCGCAAUUGAAGAGCUCAACAAAAUUGUAGUAUAGCAGCAAGGCUCCCUUGCAAGAAUGAACCCACUCGGUUAACCUCUGUGCUAAGCUCACAGCUUAAGGGUCCUUUUUCGUUCUCCACAUCAUGAACACGUCUCCCUCAACUCUCCAUGAUCUCCCGCACAUCGUGGGGCCGUGAUUGGCCUACCACGAGUCCAAGUUCUGGACCCCUAUUCAUGGGUCCCUGAAGUUUGGUGGUCUUCUCAGAAGUUUUUUUUUUCGUAUGCUAUUUCGGAUUAGGUCAAGAGCGGUAAUCCUGAGACGAGGUCUGGUCUGGUAUCGGUAGCUAGGAAUAAAUAAUAAGAGCUUUGUUGGGGCGGGAACCUUUUUCUUCUCCCCGUCACCUCCCGCCUCUCUUCUUUCUCUCCUCCUCUUUAAACUUUCCUUCUCUUCCUUCGAGUGAGUCUUGACAAUUGCAUCUUCUGCAUACGUUAGUACAAUGGCGACUCGACAGCGAACUGCCACCACUGUUGUGGUCGAGGACCUCCCCAAGGUCACUCUUGAGGCCAAGUCUGAACCUCAGUUCCCCGAUAUCAAGACCAUCAAGGAUGCCAUUCCCGCGCACUGCUUCCAGCCCUCGCUCGUCACCUCAUUCUACUACGUCUUCCGCGAUUUUGCCAUGGUCUCUGCCCUCGUCUGGGCAGCUCUCACCUACAUCCCCAGCAUUCCCGACCAGACCCUCCGCGUCGCAGCAUGGAUGGUCUACGGCUUCGUCCAGGGUCUCUUCUGCACCGGUGUCUGGAUUCUCGGCCAUGAGUGCGGCCACGGUGCUUUCUCCCUCCAUGGAAAGAUCAACAAUGUGACCGGCUGGUUCCUCCACUCGUUCCUCCUCGUCCCCUACUUCAGCUGGAAGUACUCCCACCACCGCCACCACCGCUUCACCGGCCACAUGGAUCUCGACAUGGCUUUCGUCCCCAAGACUGAGCCCAAGCCUUCCAAGUCGCUCAUGAUUGCUGGCAUUGACGUCGCUGAGCUUGUUGAGGAUACCCCCGCUGCUCAGAUGGUCAAGCUCAUCUUCCACCAGCUUUUCGGAUGGCAGGCGUAUCUCUUCUUCAACGCUAGCUCCGGCAAGGGCAGCAAGCAGUGGGAGCCCAAGACUGGCCUUUCCAAGUGGUUCCGAGUCAGUCACUUCGAGCCUACCAGCGCUGUUUUCCGCCCCAACGAGGCCAUCUUCAUCCUCAUCUCCGAUAUCGGUCUUGCUCUUAUGGGAACUGCUCUGUACUUUGCUUCCAAGCAAGUUGGUGUUUCGACCAUUCUCUUCCUCUACCUUGUUCCCUACUUGUGGGUUCACCACUGGCUCGGUAAGUUCAAGAUCAAUCGGAUCGAUCGACUCGUUGCUAAUUGAUUAGUUGCCAUUACCUACCUCCACCACCACCACACCGAGCUCCCUCACUACACCGCUGAGGGCUGGACCUACGUCAAGGGAGCUCUCGCCACUGUCGACCGUGAGUUUGGCUUCAUCGGAAAGCACCUCUUCCACGGUAUCAUUGAGAAGCACGUUGUUCACCAUCUCUUCCCGUAAGUCACCUGUCUCAAUGGCACCAAUUCACAUCUAACCCCUCGCAGUAAGAUCCCCUUCUACAAGGCUGACGAGGCCACCGAGGCCAUCAAGCCCGUCAUCGGCGACCACUACUGCCACGACGACCGAAGCUUCUUGGGCCAGCUGUGGACCAUCUUCGGCACCCUCAAGUACGUCGAGCACGACCCUGCCAGACCUGGCGCUAUGCGAUGGAACAAGGACUAGAGCUCCGGGUCUGGUACUCGUACUGGUCUGAGGCAAAGUGCUAGGUUAUGAUAGACAAUUGUGAUAGACAUAAACGAUAGAUCAAGUUAGACACGACACGCGACAUACGCGAUUAGAAGAAACUAGACAAGCUAGAGCACUUGGCUUUCGCGCUUGGGACGCAAUAAAAUGGAGUUUGUUUGUUAAACUGGAGAUUGAAGGGAUUUGUUGACUGAGCAAGUGAGGCACAGCCUGAGAUCCAUGAUUCAAUCCCCGCACUUGUCGCCUCCGGGGCGUUUAAAUUAUCUUCCGCCAGAUGCCAAGUCCGCGUUCCGCCACUGGAGUCUCAGAAUGUGAGGAGACAAAAUCGUGAAACACUGAGAUAACAGGAUGAAUCAGAUA